CCGUAUUGCAUUUCCAAAGGCUCGAUCAUUAUUGAUAAUCACUGCCUGGCGAACUCGUAACAUAUCCUUUCUACAUGCCAGAGAAUUCCCAAUGACCAUGUCUGCGUACUGCAAUCGGUGUGAUGUGGCUUUCUUCCAGGUCACCGAAACGAUCCGCUAACUCUUCUCCUUCUUCACCACGUCGAACCUCCGCCAAUACCUCUCAGACAACAUCGACGUCCCCCGGGUCUACGCUCGCCGAAGUACUGCGCAAGAACCCCUUCCGUGCCGGCUCUCGAGAGUCACUCCCUCGUCAGGAUGAAGACGACCCUUCCAUCGCCCUAAAUCGUGACUUGGCCGUCCUCGCCGACUUCUUCCCCGAUGUCAAGCUCGAAGUGCUCCGCGAAUUGCUCGUCCGUUUUGACGGGGACAGUAGGUUGCCGAUAUGCACGGAGCAAAUGAUCAAGUAUAAAGUGGAGUGGACCAGAGGACGAAUGAAUAUCCCACCGAGAACGUCUGAGGAUUCCAUCUCCGUUGAAGAACAGUUCAGGUCGAGGGACUAUGUGGACGCCGUCAAAUUGACGCUAGGGCGCGAGUUCAGCGGCUUGAGCAGAAGUGCCAUCGACGCGGUUCUGGCCGAGGUCAACUGCUCUUAUACACUGGCACGGCCGACACUACAAGCGAUCGCGAGCAGGUCAUGGCGGAAUACAUUUGCAAGUCUGUUCAAGAAGAAAAAGCCUCAGAACGAGGCCCCGUCGAUUUUGCUAGAAAGAGCAAAAACGGCCACGAGCCCGGGGAAGUUGUUAAGCACUGGGAGUCAAGAGCUUGACCAAGAACUUUCCGCUCUAUUCACAGGCGGCGUGCAGGCGGCUGAGAAGACCCAUCAGCAGACUAUCGACCUCGAACUUGCGCAGGCGCUUAAUCUGAAAGAGGCCGAGGAGGCUGGUGCCAUCUAUGAAUGCCAGGUCUGCUACAACGAUGUUCCUUUCGAGGACGUCUCGGCGUGCACAGAUUCCGGCCAUACUAUCUGUCUCGAUUGUGUUCGAAGAACUCUCCAUGAAGCGAUCUUUGGACAAGGCUGGGCUAAAUCGGUCGAAGUGGAGCGAGGCACGCUAAAGUGUCUAGCAACUGACUCAUGUGACGGUUAUAUCCCUCAGGAACUUGUUGAGCGAGCCAUUCUACGCGGGAAAUCCGGCAAGGAAACCUGGACCAGGUUUGAAGAUCGUCUGAUCGAAGACAAUUUACAAAAGUCAGCUUUGCCCAUCAUCCGCUGUCCUUUCUGUUCCUACGCCGAAGCCAUGCAGGUCUACGACCGCAACUCUGCUGCGGACCUGACGUGGCACUUCCGCAGACCCACGGGGAUCAACAUCUUUGUCUUUAUCAUGCUCCUCGAGCUCAUGCCCUCCAUCAUCUGCAUUGUCCUCCCCUUCUUAAUCAUAUUUCCGUGCUACUUCCUCGCGCUGUUCUACACCGCCUUGGGGCACGCUGCGUCUAGGAGACGUACUUCACGGUUCAUAUGUCGACGACCGUCCUGUUCACGGAAAUCGUGUUUGAAAUGUCUCAAACCCUGGCACGAUCCGCACGUGUGCCACGAACCGUUGAUCCUCUCUCUGCGGAAGACGGUCGAGGCCGCCCGCACCGCGGCGGUGAAGCGGACCUGCCCCCGUUGCGGGACGAGCUUCGUCAAGUCCUCCGGCUGCAACAAGUUGACGUGCGUGUGCGGGUACAGCAUGUGCUACCUGUGUCGGAAGAACAUUGGCAAGUCGGGGGACAACACGGAAGGGGGUGAGGGUUACCGGCAUUUCUGCGAGCACUUCCGCCCGACGCCGGGCAUGAAGUGCAGCGAGUGUGACAAGUGCGAUCUGUACCGGGCCGAGGACGAGGACGCGCAGGUCAAGAGCGCCGGCGAGGAGGCGGAGCGGCAGUGGAGAGAAAGGGAGGGCAUGGUCGGAGUCAGGGGUCUCGAGGACGCCGUCGGCAACGUCGCAGGCGAAGACACGAUCUGGCGACGCUUCUGGGACGGGAGGUGGACGAUCCAAGGCGCCGUCGACGCCGCGGUCGAGCAAUGUGUUUUCGUCGAUAUCGAAUGAACCUCUGAGCGUUUUGCAAGCAAACAAAUGAGGCGCGCUUUGGCAAAGGAUGUGUGUUUGUGUGGUGUGUUUUUAUGUUGGUGGUUUCCAAAAAUGACGGCAAAGGUGAUAGUAGACAUGGGAUAGGAACUGGAACCCUUUUGAUACCCAGGUGGCAAGUUUGCUUUAGUACGGAUGAAGAAGAAGAAAUGCAUUAUGAGCCGUUUGAUUGAUCAUACACACUGCGCCUUCCCCUUCCAUCCUUCCAACAUUUGGGUAUGUCAAUCCGUGGAAAUAACGAGGCCGUCAGAGACAGGCAUCUGCCUCAACCAAGGUCGACGAAUGAUGGCACCAGUGUGAUCGAAAGCACGCCGUCAAAACAAAGAGCAAGUUCAAGGUCACGAUCAUUCUUGAUUGAUCUCACUUCUUCCAUCUCAGAUCUUCAUCUCGAAAUAUGAAUCUCGAAGUCAAGACGGGAGAAAAACUCCCACUGACGACUUAUCCGAGUCUCAACAAAACAGAGCGUGUCUUCGCUUUCGCUGCUGAAGACGGUGGAGCCAUGAGUAUCAGUGUCGCAUUUCUCAUCUCAUGACGAGCACUGUCUUCUCCCUGCACCAGAUGUCAUGGCAACGUUGAAACACCAGUCUAUCCAAUAUUUAAACACAUCAGUAUGGCAUGAGUCAGCCCGAGCAUAGCUGACACUUCAUUGUGAUGGAGUGUACGUCGUCCUGCGUGGAUACCUUCAGGCUCAUCCGCUUCAUUGGAACCAGAUGCUUACAACCUCUCAAGUGCAGCUCGUCAUUGAGGUCGUCAACGGCUCUCGUGAUGCUCAUCUUCCGCUUAUUGACCUCCACCGAGACAGCCCAAAGGUGGGGAUUGUACUCUUCAACGACAGCUGCCGUCUUUUCUCGCCGAGCAAGGAGACCACAAUUCUCAAUGCACAAGCAAGUGACUUGGAAUCUGAGAUCCUUGUCAUCUUCCCUUGUAGACUCGUAAACGACGCGCAAGGGCUCUUCAAAUCCAUCCAUCCCGUA